AUGUCGUCGCCGCCGCAGCCCAACGGAAAACCCCAAUACCCGACUUCCCGGCGAAUUGUUCGAAUAAUCGUUGCGGACGCCGACGCUACCGAUUCUUCCAGCGACGACGAAGCGGUUUCUCCGAAGAAGACCCAGAAGCUACCUAAGAAAAAGCUUAUCAACGAAAUCACCAUCGGAGUUUCGGAGAAAGAGAACGACGUAAUUGAGGGGUCGAGCCAGGGAAAGGUGAAGAGGUACAUAGGGGUGAGACAAAGGCCGUGGGGAAGAUGGGCGGCGGAGAUUAGGGAUGGUCGGAGGAUGAGGCAUUGGUUGGGCACUUUCGAUACGGCGGAAGAAGCGGCCGUUGCUUAUGAUCAAGCGGCGUUGAAGCUGCGCGGACCUAACGCCCCUACUAACUUUAAGUUGCUUGAUUGCAAUGCUGUUCAGUCCUAA